UGCUUCCAGCAACUCAUCUUUGGCUCAGGAGACCGAAAUAUUGUCCGGAAGUUCUUCCGGGUUUAUAUCUUCAUCUUCCUCCUCGACCGGUACAACUGGAAUUGGCGUUAACGACUGUCCGGAAAGAUUAAGACAUUUUCUCUUGGGAUUUAAUGAAGUAUUAGAAGGAAGAGGAGAAAAGUUAUCAAGAGAAAAACCGUUUCUUACUCGUUCUGCCGAAGAAGAGUUGGAAAAAGAGUUAAAAAUAUUUGCUUCUAUCCAGGCUCCAUUAGAGAAUGGAAGAUUUCAAUCUCUUGAUAUGGAAUUAACCGAUAAGUUUACUAAUGUUGAACAAGGAAAAGGGACCUUUGAGCAGAUUGCUAAAAGUGUCACCAAUAAGCAUGAUGAAAUUGAUGAAAUUGCUACUGAAAUCGAUAGUUCUGGCUGGACAAAAAAACAAGAGUUUGUUCUUAUUCACCGCAAUGCUCGUGAAAAUGAUUUUGAUCCAGAAGGAAACUUAAACCUCAGUAAUAACCCAAUUUAUCGAGCCAACCGAUUUAACCGAGCAGAAAUAGAUGAAAUUAACAAGUUUUUAAAUAUUAAUUCCCAACAAAACUAUUUAGCAUCUUUAAUCAAACAAAGAAAAGAAACUAAAGAUAAAAUUCUAGGAGAUAUUGAAGAAGUUACUCGCUUUAAAACUUGA